AUCAUCCUGGAGUUUCUCACUGAUCCUCAAACACAAGUUCACACUCCUUCACCGCAACAAAGACAAGUUCACAAACACGGGGAAAAACACAGAAGAAGAAGUGUGUACAAAGCACACACACAGUCAAAGGAUGUGUACAGGCCACAGGAAGAUGAUGACGUUCCGUGAGGGCCAGCGGAGGUCGAAGGCGAAGCUGGGUCUCGGGAUCAUGUUGUGCAUCCUGCUCGUCCUCGGAGCUCUGGUGGUGGGAGGGUACUUCUUUUUUGAGCGAUUGAUCUCCGAGAAGUAUUACUUCUGCCAUCGCUCUCUGGGGUUCGUCCCCAUGUUGGCCGCGUGUGAUGGGAGAGCCGACUGCCGAUACGGAGAGGACGAGAGCAACUGUGUGUCCAACACCAACACCACCAGCAACACCACCUUCCCAGUGCGUCUUGUGAGUGAUCGUUUGGUGCUGCAGGUGCACACGGUUGGGAGCCGCUGGAGUUAUGUGUGCGCUGAGAACUGGAGGGGGCACCACACCCAGAGCACCUGCCAGCAACUAGGGUACACGGAGAGUCCCCGCAGUGUGUGGGUCCCUGUGCACAGUCUGCCCUCUCAGCUGCCCAUGUCCUUCAGUGGGGUUCAGGCUCAACAAGGACCACAUGAGGCUCAUGUUUACGCAGGUGUCAUGCCACAGGAGUCUUGCUCCUCUGGCUCUGUCAUCUCACUGUCCUGUUCAGACUGCGGGUUUGCGCUGGGCGAGGACCGGAUUGUGGGCGGCAGUGACACCUUCGUCGAGGAGUGGCCCUGGCAGGCCAGCCUGCAGUGGAUGGAGCAGCACAGGUGUGGGGGCUCCCUAAUCUCCCUCAGAUGGGUCCUUACUGCAGCACACUGCUUUACAAGCCGAACAAAGGCGGUGGACCACUGGCGCGUCGUGUUGGGCAAGACAAUAAUGGGGUCAUCUGGGGGCAUUUCCGUUGAGAAGAUCAUCAUUCACAGAAGCUACAAACACACACUGAAUGACUAUGACAUUGCUUUGAUGCAGCUCUCCAAACCUGUGACAACUGGAGACUCUGUUCGUCCAGUGUGUUUGCCUCCAUACCAUCUGCCCUUAAAGACUGGAGAACAACUAGUGGUGACCGGCUGGGGUCUACUUCAGGAGAACGGUCAGCUAGCCUCAGUCUUGCAGAAGGCCACAGUUCCUCUGAUUGACAGGCAGGUCUGCACCCGACCCUCCAGCUACAGCAACUCCAUCACUCCCAGAAUGCUUUGCGCUGGGUAUAUUGAGGGUGGGGUGGAUUCUUGCCAGGGUGAUAGUGGGGGUCCUCUGGUGUACCUGACCUCCCACUGGCAGCUGAUUGGCGUGGUGAGCAGUGGAAUGGGGUGUGCCCGCACUAAUUAUCCAGGGAUCUACACCAACAUCAGCACAGUGCUUGAGUGGAUUCAUACAGUCAUCCAGAAUUAUUGACACACGAUAAGUGGUCUUUCCUUGGAAGCACCAGGUGAUCCUAUCCAAAGCUGAAACGAAUGCCACUGUCAUUAUGCUACGAAAACGGUCAUUUCCAAAUGUCCUGGCCAAAUGUUGGUGUUCAAUUGGUGUAUAUCUCACUUGUGUAGUGAUGCAGUUAUUGAGUGUGCCGUUAUCCCAUUUUCAUCUAGUUAAUCAUCUGAAAGUAAGUGUUUCGUGUACAGACUGUCUUUGCACACACACACUUUUAAAAUGUUUUAAACCUGUGCAUCUUUUCACUUGUUGAUGGUCAGUAUUUUGAGAGGCUUGGGGUAACCGUCUAUUAGAAUGCCACACAAUCAAUGAAAAAUCAAUGACACCACCUUCAUAUUUUAUCCAAAACUUUAUUUCUUAAGCUUUUUGUAAUAAAGAAAAUAUAAUUGUUAUGCAUGGCUGUGUUUGAAUG